GAGCAAACCCCUUGCUCCUCAGAGGAGCUGCUGCCUACAUCGAGGUCCUCUGACAGCGAUCAGGCCAUGCAUCCCACCCAGCCCUGGAGCCUUAGCCCAUGGGCAGGGUCUGGGGACUACUCGGGGUCGGGCGCCCUGGACGAGCUGGAGCUGUGCCCGUCGUGGGACCUGCCCUACGGCCACGCCUACAUCCCCACGCUCUACCUGGCCGCCUUUGCCGUGGGCCUGGUGGGCAAUGCCUUCGUGGUGUGGCUGCUGGUGGAGCGGCGCGGCCCGCGGCGGCUGGUGGACACCUUCGUGCUGCACCUGGCGGCCGCCGACCUGUGCUUCGUGCUCACGCUGCCGCUGUGGGCCGUGGCGGCAGCGCUGGGCGGCCGCUGGCCCUUCGGUGCGGGCCUCUGCAAGCUCAGCAGCUUCGUGCUGGCCGGCUCGCGCUGCGCAGGCGCGCUGCUGCUGGCGGGCAUGAGCGUGGACCGCUACCUGGCGGUGGUGAAGCUACUCGACGCGCGCUCACUGCGCACCCGGCGCUGCGCGCUGGCCGCCUGCUGCGGCGUCUGGGCCGUGGCGCUGCUGGCGGGCCUCCCCGCCCUGGCCUACCGCGGGCUGCAGCCGCUCCCCGGAGAGCCGGGCAGCCAGUGCGGGGAGGAGCCCUCCGACGCCUUCCAGGGCCUCAGCCUGUUCCUGCUGCUGCUGACCUUCGUGCUGCCCCUGGCCAUCACCCUCUUCUGUUACUGCCGCAUCUCGCGCCGCCUGCGCAGGCCGCCGCACCUGGGCCGGGCGCGGAGGAACUCGCUGCGCAUCAUCUUCGCCAUCGAGAGCACGUUCGUGGGCUCCUGGCUGCCCUUCUGCGUCCUGCGGGCCGUCUUCCACCUGGCGCGCCUGCGGGUGCUGCCACUGCCCUGCUCCCUGGUGCUGGCGCUGCGCUGGGGCCUCACCAUCGCCACCUGCCUGGCCUUCGUCAACAGCUGCGCCAACCCCGUCAUCUACCUCCUGCUGGACCGCUCAUUCCGCACCCGGGCUUGGCGCGGGGCCUGCGGGGGCGUCAGGCGCCCUGCGCGCAGGGUCAGCUCAGCCUCUUCGCUCUCCGGAGAGGACAGCUCGGUGUUCCGGAGCCGCGCCUGCAGCUGGGCCCCGUCCCAGUCCGUCCACUCGGGCUCGGGCGCAGUAUAG